UUACAAGUAUGUUAAUGUAAUGUUGUAUUAAACACAUGUAAAGAAGCAGCCAGCCGAUCCGAAAUUAGUCUGUGUCCCGUCCAUGGAGUGAAAAUGCGGUUUCGGAAUAAAUUAAGAGACGGCGGUCCAAAAUAUUGGAAAUUGUGGUUUGCUUAUUGGGCGUGGUUGAUACAGCAGUCGUAUGGGCAGAAGGACGUAUCCACUAUAGUCGACAUUUUGAAACUGGCCGAUCUAAAAUCUGCACCUCAAGCAAUUAGACCUACUGAAGGGCCAUGUUGGAAUACAACAGCAACUGACAAGGAGCAGUGGGCGUACAGAUGGAGCAAUAGAGCCGAAAUUUCUCUCAGCACCGAGAACGCUUUUCCGGGAGGUUUUCCUACGGAUUUUUCCAUCCUGAUAAUAGCGCGGCCAAUAAACGACCAAUCAUUUCCGUUGUUGACUCUCUACAGUGAAGUUGGGGAUGAGCAACUAUCUAUCACUAUAGGUAGAGAGGUGAGCUUGUACUAUGAAGAUGAAGAUGAGAAGCCAGUAGAAGGAAACUAUAUAAAUUUUGGAAUAUCUGCAGCUGAUAAUCGCUGGCACACUAUGGCAUUUAGUGUUAAAGGCGACUCGGUGACUUUAAUUUACGAUUGUUACACAACUAUAACGAAAGUUCUAGCAAGAGAUUCGUCUUCGACUUUGAAUAAUAAAGGCCUGAUCAAUGUUGGCUAUCAGUUAUUGGCAGAUGGACACUAUGAGGGUGAUAUUUCUCUACUACAAAUUGCAGACCGUCCGGAUGAAGCUUACGACUUUUGCAAAAAAGCUGCAGCUUGUUUGAAACAGUACAGAUUUGUAAAUAGCAGCAAAUCCAAGAUCGCUGAAGAAAGUUUCAAUGCGGAAGUGAGUAUGUUUUCAUCGGACCAUAAAGACGGAUUCAGCAAUGGAGCACCGAUUGUAUUUUCUAACGGUGAAUCCAAGUUGGGCACUGAACACCUUUCGGAAAACUUCGACAAUUUGAUUGGACCCAACUUAAAUCAAUCAGAAUCAGCACAGUUGAAUGGUCUAGAAAUGACAACUAUAGUUGUUGAGAAUAUAACGCAUUCUCAUGGCGAGACUUAUAUGACGACUACUGCCUCAACUGCAGAGCAAAAUUACUACAAUCCCCACUCACCUAGGGGUUAUCCGGGGCCUCCGGGACUUCCGGGACCUCCAGGCCCAAAAGGCGAUCCAGGACGAAAGGGACUGGACGGGACUAGCGGAAUUUCUGGCCCUCCUGGACACGUGUUUAUGAUCCCCGGUCCGAGGGGUUUUUCCGGCCCAAGAGGCAUGCCGGGACUGCCUGGCAACCCGGGAAUACCUGGAAGCGAGGGACCUGUAGGAAGCAAAGGACAGCAGGGACCCAGCGGACAACCAGGAGCGCCGGGUCAGACAGGAUCACCGGGCCCAGUGGGUCCACAUGGACCGCAGGGGCCUUUGGGGCCACCUGGAAUUGCCGGGCCUCCAGGGAAGCAGGGAAUACCAGGCUUAACAGGCGCCGAAGGCUUACCAGGGAUUUCCGGAAAACCAGGAACUGUUGGGUCAAAAGGGGAAAUGGGGUUGCCCGGUCCACAAGGUUCAAUUGGGUUUCCUGGAUCACGAGGCAUUAAAGGCGACGAGGGAAAACGUGGAACCGGAGGCGAACGGGGCGACAAGGGUGACCGCGGAUUAGACGGAGAGAAAGGAGAUAACGGACCCAAAGGGGAUGUGGGUCCGCAAGGAGUACAAGGAGCAGCAGGUUUAGAAGGACCUGAAGGCCCCAAAGGUUUUGACGGGCCAAGAGGGGAAACCGGCCAAAUUGGCUCCCCAGGAGAGAAAGGAAAAGAAGGUCUCCGAGGAUUUCCGGGAUACUCGGGAGCAGCCGGUGACAAAGGCGAGAAAGGAGCUUCUGGAAAGCAUGGGUCGCCUGGUGAAAAAGGCGAAAGGGGAAAUCCUGGUCAGCCUGGAGAGCGGGGCGAAUCGGGACCUCGAGGCUUCCGAGGUAUGCGAGGUCGUCGUGGGCAAGAAGGCCAGCCAGGACCUAAAGGCGAUACCGGCCAGCCUGGACCUCCUGGUCCUCAGGGCGAAGUGGGACCUUCCGGAAACGAAGGCGUCCGAGGAUUUACUGGAGCUGUUGGGCCACCCGGGAAUAAUGGAAAAGAUGGCGCCACAGGUCCUCCAGGAGAACGAGGACCACCGGGAGAAACUGGUUCGCGAGGAUCAAUAGGACUUCCUGGAGUAAUCGGACCUCCAGGCAACGCUGGCGAACUUGGUCCUAUAGGUGAACCGGGAGCUCCUGGCCCUUCGGGGAUUCCUGGUGAACCCGGACCACCUGGCGACAGCGGCAAGGAGGGCCCACCAGGCCCUACUGGUCCCGAAGGAAAGGCUGGAUUGCCCGGGCCAGUAGGUCUUUCUGGAUUUCCUGGAGAACGUGGUCAUAACGGACUUACUGGAAUGCCAGGCUUGAAAGGGGAUACGGGCGCCACAGGUCUACCAGGGCCACAGGGAGACAAGGGGGCGCAAGGGGAACCCGGCUUACUCGGGUCGCAAGGUGUUGAAGGUCGAAAAGGUCCUCCGGGUACUCGUGGGCCGGGAGGUGCAAAGGGAGAAAGAGGCGAUCAGGGGCUUCCUGGACCCAUAGGCAGAGAUGGUGUUGCGGGGACUAGAGGCUUACCGGGGGCACCAGGGCCAGUAGGCCUUCCUGGCGAAGACGGAGAUAAAGGAGACAUGGGGCCUCCCGGCGAAAAGGGAUUCAAAGGAUCGAAAGGAGAAUCGGGUCCUCUAGGAAGUGCGGGUCCUCCCGGAAUUCGAGGAGAGCCUGGGCAGCAGGGUCCAGUUGGCGAGCGGGGUUUGCCGGGGGAAAUCGGCCGCCGAGGCAUAAAAGGAGAACAAGGUUCUAUGGGUUUGUCUGGACCUGCAGGAGCCACUGGCCCGCAGGGACUGCCGGGGCCACCCGGUGUAAAAGGAGAAAUAGGCGAUAUGGGUCAAAAAGGACCUUCGGGUGCUUCAGGGCCACCGGGAGAGCAGGGUGUUAGGGGACCUAAAGGGGUAGAAGGGUUGCCAGGACCUGUAGGACCGGAAGGCCCUCAAGGGGUGAAAGGCGAAAACGGGCCGGCAGGCCUUACCGGGCAGCGAGGAAAAGAUGGGCUACCAGGUAGCGUGGGUCCUUUGGGGCCAAAGGGAGACUCUGGAAAAAUCGGCCUUCAAGGCGUACCUGGACCGCGGGGCCUGCCCGGUUCAGAAGGCAUGCAGGGAGCUCCUGGCUUUCCAGGAUUACCUGGACCCCAAGGGCAAACAGGUACCCCCGGGUUGAAAGGAGAACCCGGAUUAGAUGGACAAGACGGAAAAACGGGCCCUGUUGGCCCCAGCGGGGAAUUAGGACCCGGAGGUCCGAUGGGGCCAACCGGACCGCCUGGAAGACCAGGACAAGAAGGAGCCGCCGGUCUACAAGGAAAUACUGGACUGCCGGGCGAAAAAGGAGAUCUCGGGACUAUCGGCAUCCCUGGGCGUCCAGGAAAUCCGGGACCCCAAGGACAGCCAGGGUCACAAGGCCCUCCCGGACUUCGAGGCACUCCAGGAUUGACGGGUGAAAAUGGUGCACCUGGGGCUCCUGGUCUAGCUGGAUCUUCGGGUCAGAUCGGUCAGCCUGGACCAAGAGGGCACAAGGGCGACCGAGGGCGACGAGGCCCGAAGGGCCAUCGCGGAGAAGUAGGUUUCAACGGACUAAAAGGAGACGAAGGGGUAAUAGGAGAAACAGGCCCUAAAGGCGAAAGAGGCCCGGAAGGACCAAAAGGAAAUACUGGCAUCAUUGGGCCACAAGGUUUGAAAGGGAGCGAUGGUCCUCAAGGGUUGCUGGGAGAAGAUGGCCCAUCAGGACCAAAAGGAUCAGAAGGAGCUGCUGGUCAAAAGGGCGAAACGGGCCCGACGGGGCCGGCGGGCCCACCUGGUCCUCCAGCGGAUAUGCCACUGAUCCCUCCGGAGUUGCUGUUCCAGAUCCAAGAGUCUGGUUCAAAUAAAGGAGUUACCAGACGUAGGAGAGCUGUGGUGGAAUUAUUAUCAGAAUUUGAAAGAAAAAUUAAUGAGCAACAAGAAAACAUAAAUAAUUCGCAGGAGAGCGAUUCGAUUAAUAAGAACGAUAUCAAUGUUCAAUUUAUGGAUAUGUACACGAGUAUUUACGCGAUGAGAAUGCAGCUGGAAAAUGAACGGAAACCUUUGGGAAAUAGAGAAAACCCGGCGAAAACAUGCCGAGAUUUGUAUUACAGCCAAUCGCACUACAGCGACGGUUGGUACUGGAUAGACCCCAAUUUGGGUAUGAGCGACGAUGCUAUUUACGUGUUUUGCAACAUGACGGACGAAGGAGAAACGUGCAUUUAUCCUGACCAAUACAGCGCUAGCAUGCCCAACAUUCCAUGGAAAAGGAAAGGUACUGUUCAAAAAUGGUUCUCGGAAUUUGAGAAAGGUUCAAAGAUAACAUACGAGGGCGUGGGCAUGGCCCAGAUGGCAUUCCUUCGACUGUCAUCAGAACAGGGAUACCAAAACUUUACUUACUCAUGUUUGAAUGCAGUCGCCUGGUACGAUACCAGCAGCCACACAUACGAUAUGGGGAUUCGAUUAUUAGGAAGUAGCGGACAAGAAUUUUCCUAUAAAGGCUUGAGACCCGAAGUGCGAGCGGAUGAAUGCAAGGCUCGACAGGGUAAAUCCAAGACAGUCUUUGAAAUUCGAACGAGGCAAAUAGAUCAGCUGCCUUUGACGGACUUUCUUCCAAUCGACUACGGGGAAUCUAAUCAGGCCUUCGGAUUUUCUGUCGGCCCUGCUUGCUUUAAGUGAACUAUAUAUAUCGCAACUAUAACUACUAGAAGCAAUAUUACACGCAUAUGGUGAAACUCCAUAGCUGUAAGCCACAGUAUUAUUUUAGUACUCUUUGUCAGAUCAUUCUGGAAACGUGUUCCACAGAACAUCCCCCCUGGGGGAUAUUGCGUGACGUGUUCCAAGAAUUGGGAAAUGUGAUAUAUUGAUAUAAGACACAAUAUUUAAGUUAAAUAUGGUGUGGUUAAUUAGGAAGGCGCAAAUAGUAGCACCAAUAAUUUAGGAAAAAUGAAAAAUACAAUAAGUCCAGGUUAUAUGUAAGAAAUGUAUCAUUCAUAGGAAUAUAUCGAUAACAUGUAUUACUUCCCACAAUUAAGCUUUGAUUUAGGUACAACACCAAUGAUCAAAAUUAAAUAAAACAAAUAUUGAUUAAA